UUCUAGAGCACAGGGAGGUCUGCCUUUCGUCCUCAAAAUCCCCAACGUCUUCUCGCUCUAUUCUUUCUCUUUCUUUCUCUCUCUCUUCCUCUUUCUCUCUCUAAAACCCUAAAUUUCGAUGGGUCAGGUUCUUGGGGAACCUCAAUAACGUUGAAGGAGAGGGGAAGGAGGGGAACGACUCAAUGCCGGAGGAGGAUCUGUUGGAGCUGAAAUUCCGGCUCUACGAUGGCUCAGACAUCGGCCCUUUCCGGUACGCUCCGUCUUCGACAGUGGCGAUGCUCAAGGAGAGGAUUGUUGCGGAGUGGCCUCGAGAUAAAAAGAUUAUACCAAAGGCUGUUAGUGAUAUAAAGCUCAUCAGUGCGGGGAAGAUAUUGGAGAACAGCAGGACGGUUGGCCAGACAAGAACUCCAUUUGGUGAUGUUCCUGGGGGGUCUAUCACCAUGCACGUUGUUGUGCAACCAUCUUUACCUAAGGCGAAAACAGAAAGGAAGGUUGAGGAAUCGCCAAAGAGCAGAUGCUUGUGUACUAUAUUGUGAGGUGGCAAGUUGUGUGACUGAAGUGGAACAGGAUUGAAUUUGAAGGAUCUGAAUCAUCUGAUAGUUGUGAAAUAUCUUCUCUUGGUUCUCCAGUCUGUCAUUGUUGAAAGGUCAGGGUCAGGCAAUCUGAUGUUGCAGGGUGGUGUCAUGAACACUAGAUUUGGUGGGUGUGAUAACUGUCAUUCUGGCAACAUUGUGAAUGAAUUCCCAUAUUCAUGGUUUGUUCU